AUGGGAAGUUGCCUGACUUGUUGCGUCCAUGCGGCCAGUCUUCUAGAGCUCAUCUUCAAUGCGUCAAAAUCGCCAUCCCUCGCUGAGAUGCUUCCAUUAUGUCCAGCUAGAUCAGCAUUCAUACAGUUGCGAACGCCAUUGGCCUUUAUCCGCAAUGUCCCACGACGUUCUGCCCAUAGCAACUCCGCGCCAUUCGAUGCUGCUGUCAUAGGUGCUGGGAUCACAGGUCUUACAACAGCGUAUCGGCUCUCGAAGAACCCGAAUUGCGCCAAGGUCACUCUCUACGAAAAGUCAUCCCGAAUAGGCGGUUGGCUCGACUCCGAAGUCAUCGAUGUCGAAGGUGGUCAGAUCGUCUUCGAGUAUGGACCGCGUACGUUGCGAGCGGUCGCUCCGGCCUGUCUCCCGCUGCUGGAUCUGUUGCAUGAACUGAAGUUGCAAGACCAGAUUCUGUAUACCGCCAAGUCCUCACCAGCCAGCCAAAACCGCUAUAUUUACUACCCCGAUCACCUCAUUCGGCUGCCCUCGUUUGACCGAAAUGCUGGCACUCUAUCAAACAUAUGGCGCUUGCUAAAGCUCGCUCUACGAGAACCUAUUAUUCGGCACACCGGAUGGAGGGCGCUCGCUGAGCCGUUUCAGGAUGGGAAACAGCCAGCAACGGACGAAUCUGUUGCUUCAUUCAUAUCGCGCCGACUGAGCCCCGAAGUAGCCGACGUAUUGGUUUCCAGUGUCUAUCACGGCAUUCUGGCGGGAAACAUAGAUCAGCUCAGCGCGAGCGCGCUCAUGGGCACUAUGCGAGACUACGAGCGCCAUGAAGGCAAUGCUUUGCUUCAGAUGGCCAAGUUAUCGAAAGCUGGACUGUCGGUUGUUCCUGCUGAUGAUAUCCUGGCGUUGGCGCCGUUGUUGGCAACCAAGGGGCGGCAGUAUACCAAAGAACUAUCCGCACUUGUCAAGGACAAUAGCACACUGACUCUGCAAAAAGGUGUGGGCCAACUUACGGAAGCUUUGCUCGCAGAGCUGAACCGAUCCAACAAGGUAGAAAUUUUGACGGACGCAGAAGUCAAGGGCAUUUAUCAAAACUCAACGAGUUCCAACUUGGGGGUAGUAUAUGGAGAUAAUCAGGCUCGACUCCACAAUCGCCUCAUUGCCACCAACUCAGCUCCUAGUCUUGCAAAGCAACUUGAGCAUGUUCCGAAGCAGGACGCGAAGAAACCUCACAAGACAAUCGAACUGUUGCGAAAGCACAACUACGCAGUUACCAUGAUGGUGGUCAACUUAUAUUACCCAAACCCCAAUUUAGUGCCUGUUAGAGGAUUCGGAUAUCUGAUUCCCAGGUCAAUACCUUCCGAGCAGAAUCCCGAGAGGGCUCUGGGUGUAAUUUUCGCGUCCGAAUCUGGCGUGGGACAAGACUCGGCUCCAGGCACCAAGCUUACUGUCAUGCUAGGCGGCCAUUGGUGGGAUGGCUGGACGGAGGCAGAUUAUCCUAAUCAUGACGCCGCGGUCAAGAUGGCCCAAUCUCUACUUCAACGACAUCUCAGAAUCACCGAUACACCAACGGUGACCCGCACUCGGCUGCAGCGCAAUGCUAUUCCCCAGCCUACCCUCGAACAUAGAGGACGCAUGUGUGAUCUUUCAUAUCAAAUCAAAAGUGAGCUCAACAAGCGCGUCACUCUUGCGGGAGCGUGGUACGCAAUAGGCGGCACUGGCGUAGUGGAUAGUGUCCGCCAAGCAUAUCUAGCCACGGAGUUUGGUGUUGGGGCUAUAGACCCGAAUACUCGGAACCAGGUCGGCGAACUAUUCGAAGACAUGCUCUUCGAGACACAGUAUAGUAAACACAAGAUUCUCGGCAUGUGGGACUCGACGGCGGGUGGUAUACCCAAGGCCCCAGUACAGGUGGUCGUCGGGAAAAGGGAUGUACACCAAUCAUACUAUUAA